GGCAUGGACCUGAACAGUGUGCGGCGCGUGUCCUCCGCAGGCUACCGGUUACCGGAACGAAACAACGGGACCAGGCAGGCCAGACCGCAGCCACCGGCGGACAGGACGCGCCGCGUUAAGGGGGACGCGGCGUCCGCGGACCUGGAUCCAGACAGGAGUGACCCCGUUAAGCAGGACCAAUUGUGGAGAGAGUCGGUGUGGAGCGAGAAGAGAGGAGUGCGGGAAUGGGAGAAGAGCUGGGGCUUUCUCAAGAACUAUGAUCAGAUGGGACAGCUAAAGCCAGAGCAGCCUCUGCCCAGCAGCGUGUCACUCUUCUCUGAUCGCAUCCCCAAAACCACCAGCCAGGUGCUUGGCAGCAGACUGUCCACUCCGCUGGGGAGUGAACUGGUCAGACUGGACAGGCUGCUGCCCUGGUCUGGAAGCCAUCACAAGCGCAAACAGGAUCCAGAGAUGCUGCCCUGCUAG